UUGUCGAGUGAGUGAAGUAAAAGUCACACAAAACCCGUAUAUCGUGCGGCCAAUCAAAACACUUUAACCCGAUUUCAAAUUACAUACAAUUAAACGAAAAAUCUCUAAUAAAAUUAUAAUUAUAAUUAUGUUGAAUUUGUAUAAAUUGUAGUUAAAAUAAUCAUUAUUAUAAUCGACUUCAAAAGCAAUUUAAUAAUUGUGAAGCAAAUAAAAUGGUUGAAAGAUAUUUUAACAACAAACGAAAAAACAUGAAAACGUUUCAAUCAAUAAUUGUCAUCAAUAUUUGAGGAAAAAUAAAUUAAAAGCUAAUGUUUAAACAUUAUAUAAUUAAAGUGAAACAAUAAAAAAUUAAAUAAAAAAAUAUAAUUAUUUGCAAAUAGAAAACAACUAUCUGAAUUUUGACGUCAACAUCUCCCAAAAACAAAUAUGUAUAUGUUACAAUUUUAAAUAAACGUGUUUGUGUGUGUUACAAAAUAAUGCAAACGAUUUUUUGAACAUUUAAUCGAAUAGAAUAAAAUACUUAUUCUGUUAUCUUAUCUUUUUACUGUGAUAUGCGUAGUAAAUAUUACAAAAAGUGUGUGUUUUUGUAAAAGAUCAAAUAGUUGAAAACAAAAAUAAAUAAAUAAAAUAUGUAAUAAAUUUUAUGAAUUAUAUCAAAAGUAAGAGUAAGAGAUUAGAAAAAUUUAUUUAAGAGAACGAGAAAAGUUGUUUAGCAAAUAUGAAUCCAAGUGUAAACAUUUUAAACAUAUAAAAUAAAAUCAAAUCAAAAAUAUUAAAUAAAAAUAAGGAGGCAAAGUGAAAAAUCAAUGAAUCAAUCCAUCAAGCUGCCAAUAAAUUAAAUCGCAAACGUGCAUACAUACAUCUUUACAGUAAAUAUUGAAACAAAUAAAUUGAAAACAAAAAAAAAAAAACUCGUAAAUCUGAAAUUUUAUUUAUAUCGGAAAGUGUUACAACGAUGCGCAAUUGUUUCACAAAAAUCACAAAUGUAUUUCGUAAAAAACCAAUACAACAAAAUCAACCUGAGCACAGUCGUUUAAAUGGAGAGGAAUUUUUGCAAUCGCCCGUUCAUUACGAGGGCGCCGGUAAGGGUGAAUACAGAACAACAACAACAACGACGACAAUAAAAGCGGCAACCACAACGACAACAACAGCAUGUAUUAUAAUAAACGAAUGUUCGGAUACGACCGAUUUUGAUAAGCAGCCGGGCAAUAAUAAUAACAGCAAUGAUUACUACCACGACGAUGAUGGUGAUAAUAAUGAUAACGGCGAUAAACGAAAAAACGUAAUUGAACAUCGAAAGAUAAGCGAUAUUAUGGCAGCAGAUAAACAGAAGGCCGUUAAAACUACAAGCCAAAAGACGCCAAGUCUAGGAAGAAAUGCUACUGCUAACAAUCACAACGAUAAUAAUCCACUCAAUGUUCCCCAAAACAGCCAAAAGAAUAUCAAAAAUAAUAUAGUAGAACUCUCAGAGCUCACUUAUAAUAACAGUUCUUUAGAUACAGACUUUACCAACCCUUUACAGCAAUCGAACCUCCAAGACAUACACCCAGCCACAAUUAAAAACAAUGAUGCGGAAACUGAUAAACUUAUACAGCAAAUUGAAACCACAACGAACCACACAAAAUUAACUUCGGCAACUAAUGAACAUCAAAGAAUAGAAUCACACACGCAAAUAACUGACACAGCCAGAGGACACAACAAUAAUACUUCAGACACAAGUGAGGAGCACAAAACGAACACUUAUAUUCAUGAAUACAAAUCAUUUGUCGAAGACAAUAGAAGGAGUUUUAUCAACAGUCCAUUGCCUCUUUCUCUACCCCGAGACAUUGAAUUGUUCGCUAGUGAAGAGAUACUCAAGCGCCCCACAACGGCUGCAAGUCAUAGCAACAACAACAAUAACAAACACUCAAUUGAAAAGGACUUGAAAUUGAAAUUGCCAAAGGUGCUAUCACGACCACCGUCGCCACCCACUAUCGCUGAAGCAGCCAAUACAUCAAUUGUGGUAAACAAUGAGGUUGCUGAAGCCAAGACUCCAGAGGAAAUUGAAUACGACGCCAAAGUGGCUGCCGAAUGUGAAGAUGUGAUGACGCCACUGCCAACAGAUACUCAAACAAAACACCUGCACCCAUUAGCCUACGGACGAAACGUUCAACCGGUUAUAGUCGAAGUAAUACGCAAUUUAGAUGCCAAUACGUUGCGCAUUAACAAUCUAACACUUGAUGACAAAGUCGAGUUGUUGCAGCGUUAUGAAUGUAAACAUCAACAUCGUAGACACAGCCGAGGAAAUAACCAUAACCGCUUAAUGCCAACAGAAGUAAACAUUCAAAAUGUUAAACAAAGGCAGCAACUACAGCAACCAGAUGAUGACGUUUCCUCCGACUCUGAUAUCGGUGAUGUUGUUUUGCGUCGUAAAUGUCAAAGUACAAAUAGAUCUGGAUUAUAUGAGCGACGUCAACCAAAAAGUCCAAAACUUAAAUUAAUUUUGGAAAACAAAAAACCGGACAUCACCACUGAAAUAAAUCCAAACAAAUUACCAAAGAAUUCUGAUCAUGAAAUUGAGCGCAAUGUUUUUGAAAUAAAAUACCCCACAGUGCUACCACCGAAUCCUAAUCUCAAGGCUCUUUUGAUCUUUCCUAAAAGCGAUAGUAUUUGCGAGGUGAUGCAGCAAGCAUGCAACCGUCAACAUUUGGAAGUUACAUUAGUGAAGUCAAAAGAAAGUGCCAUGGAAAGUCUUUGCAGUGCCACAGAAUGCUAUCACAUUAUCAUAGUUGAUGCACGCUCUGCGAAACAUUUAGAUGCUGAACACAUUGCAAGAUCUAUUCGUCACAUGAGUGGUCAUCAUUUCACGACAAUAAUAGCUGUGGUUAAAAAGAGCAUUUCGGAAAGAGAUGAUGUACUGAAUGCAUUAUUAGACGCUGGCGUUAAUAGAUGCAUGGCUGAAAGCACAAAUUUAUCAAUGUGCACAAUGGAAUUAAAACAGACUCUCCACUCUAUAGUUCGACCACAUAAUGUCAUAUCAACUCAACAGGCACUUUAUACGGCACUGCAUAGGCUGAAGGAAGUUCUCAUAAUUACAGAUGAUCUCCUAAGAAUUCAGUACGCCAACAGAUCUGCGGAAAGAUUGCUCAAUAUGCGAUUGGAUGAAAUUAUAAACAAGCCUCUUGCCGAAAUUUUCGUUUCGGACGUUUCCUCAAUCAAUCACAAUUCUGGCAAAGGCAUACGAGAAUUCGAUGGUAUACUGACAGUAAAGAGAAAAAAUCAAGAUGGCAUACCAAUGCAUGUACGGGUAGUACCAGUAGCAUGUAUUGGCAGAACUCCUACACAUUUUGUUUUCAAUUUCGAUGUACCUGGUGGGCAGACGGAUUUCAUUGCAACCCUACCACAACCCAAAGAAGCACCUCGUGGUUCACUUCACUCUAUACGACGAGGAAGUUUCGAUGUUCGAUCAAUUGCCUCAGAUGGUUUAAGGCGUACAAGUUUAGCUAAACUAACUUCAUUACCUUUAGAGGCACCUAUAACAAAGAUAAUAAAUUUACUCUCGCAAGUACAGGAGAAUUGUUCAGCUGAUGAGGCGCGACUUAUUGAUAAGGUAUUGGAAUUUUUGAAACGUGAAGGAUUAUACAGCCCACAAAUGAAAGAAAUUCGACCAGAUGAUCCGAUUGCAACAGAUCUAAUUGGUGCCCUUCUAACUGGGCCAAACGUUUAUUCAUCUCGACGCAGCUCGAAUGACUCAAUCGUCAAGUCUGGUCGUACCUGCAAUAGUACAAACACUCCUGGAAUAAUGCCAGCUAAAAUGAAGGCAACCCCUCUCAUUAUGGAAAUACUGGAAGAAUCUCUAAAUUGGGAAUUUAAUAUAUUUAAACUGGAAGAAGUCACCGAAAGGCAUCCACUUUUGUAUUUGGGCAUGGAAAUAUUCAGGCGUUUCGAUGUUUUCUGCACUCUUGGAGUGGAUGAAACCAUAUGUAAAAAUUGGCUUGCUCUAAUGGAAAGUCAAUAUCAUGCCGAUAACUCCUACCAUAACAGCACUCAUGCAGCGGACGUUAUGCAGGCAACUGGUGUUUUCAUAUCACAACUUGCAGCCAAAGACUUAGUUAUGGAUCGUUUGGAAGAGGCUACAGCAUUAAUUGCUGCCGUUGCCCAUGAUGUUGACCAUCCUGGACGUUCUUCAGCUUUUCUCUGCAAUUCAAAUAGUCCAUUGGCUAUAAUGUAUAACGAUUUAACCGUACUCGAAUCACAUCAUGCAUCAACUACUUUUAGACUGGCUUUAGCGGAUGACAACGUCAAUAUUUUUAAGAAUUUAGAUAAAGAUACUUAUAAAUUGGCACGAAGUACUAUUAUCGAUAUGAUUUUGGCCACUGAAAUGACACGCCAUUUUGAACAUUUGGCAAAAUUUGUUAGUGUGUUUGGCGCGGAAGUUGAGCCAAGAGAUAUCGUACAAACCGAAGAAGAAAGUUCAAUACUAAUGCGCCGUAUGCUUAUCAAAGUAGCCGAUGUUAGCAAUCCAGCUAGACCAAUGAUUUGCUGUAUAGAAUGGGCGCGACGUAUUGCCGAAGAAUACUUUACGCAAACAGACGAAGAGAAGGCUAAAGAUUUGCCAAUCGUCAUGCCAAUGUUUGAUCGUGCCACCUGCAGUAUACCAAAAAGUCAAAUUGGUUUCAUCGAAUACAUCAUACAGGACAUGAUGCAUGCAUGGGACAGUUUCAUCGAUAUGCCUGAAUUAAUUACGUACAUGCAAAUCAACUAUUCCCAAUGGAAGAAAUUUGAAGAACAGGGUAUUCACACGCUCGCCGAAGUUAAGGCGAAGCAAAUGUCUCUUAUGAAUAAAAAGUCUGCUCUGAAAUAGCACAUGGCUUUUAAGAGACUCUUCUCGGGACUUCUUAAGCCUCAACCGCUGCAACUACAAUGUGCAUUUUCGAUUGGUGAAAAUGAAAUAGAAGAGUAUGUUCAAAAAUAAAUCGCCUCGGACUCAUUCAGAUGUAUCAAACAUAAGAGUAAAAGCUAUUUUUCUCUAAUUAAAACAAUCUACAGCUAAACGAAAUCAGCUACAAAAGAUGUCGCAAAGGUCACACCUGCUCAAAAACAAAA